GUUUAUUCAUUUCCAAAUAAAAAUGACAUUUAACAUAUGUUUUCAGAAAGUAAAUAAUAUUUAUUUCCUAGACUUCGUAUCUUUUGAGAUUCAGGCUCUACUGGGGGUUGUGUUUGUGAUAUUAUAUUGAAAUUGAGUUAGUCAAAGAACCAGAAAUACUAUUUUUGCAAAAUCAAGUAUUUGGACAGAGCUGGGCAAUAACACCAUGGCAGAUGAGCAGGGCACUGUAGUGGAGCUCUACAUAUAUGACCUUACCAAUGGACUUGCCUCAAUACUAUCACCCUCUAUUCUGGGGCGCCAGAUCGAAGGUGUAUGGCACACCGCCGUCGUGGUGUAUGACCGGGAGUUCUUCUACGGCGGAAGCGGUAUCACUAGCUGCGCACCGGGCGGGACGCAGCUCGGGCCGCCACACCGCGUGGAACGUCUCGGUGAGACCUUCGUGCCUUUCCAGGUGUUCAGCGACUACAUCCAGGGUCUAUCAACCACCACCUAUAGUCCGUCGGCGUACAACCUGCUGGAGCACAACUGCAACCACUUCAGCGAGGAGGUGGCGCAGUUCCUGUGCGGCGCGCACGUGCCCAAGCACAUCGUGGCGCAGCCCGACGACCUGCUGGCGCCCGGCGCGCGCGCCGCGCUGCAGUCGCUGCUGGACGGGCUGGCGCCGCACGCGCAGACGGUGUACGCCAACGGGGGCUCGCGCGCCACCCGCGCCGACAGCCCCGACUACCUCACGCUCAACUCACAGAUAGAAGAAGUUCGAGCGGCGUCGCAGGAGCUGGACGCGCGGCGCAGCACGCUGGCGGAGAAGCUGGCGCGCAAGGAGCGCCGCCGGGACAAGAAGCGCAAGAAACAGGGCCGCGACCGCGGGGACGAGGAUGCCGCCGAGAUGGCAGAAGCAGUGGAGACGGCGGCGGCGAGCGUGCCUGAGGAGCUGUCCCGCGCCGGGCCCAGCUCGGAUGCCCUGGCUGCUGAGGCAGACGAGAGGCGCGAGGAGGAGCUGCGCAAGCGCAACCGAGACCCGCCCAUCGUGUUCUCCGACAUCGAUGGCGUGCAAGAGUUUGAGAAGUUUUCGAAGGCAUUGGAAGGCGUGGAGUUGACACCGGAGGAGCGGCAGAGCGUGGACGAGUUGCAGCAGUACCUCGUGCAGGGCGAGGGCAGCUGGGUGCUGGGCGACGACUUCCUCACCUUCAUAGGGCGCGUGCUGGCGGACGCGGCGCUGGGCGGCGCGCGCGUGGCGGCGCUGCGCUGCCUGGCGGCGGCGGCGCGGCGCGACGACGUGGCGCUGCUGCUGCACCAGGACCGGCGCCACCACGCGCUGCUCAACUACGCGCACGCCAUCGACGCGCACCCAAUUCCUGAACAACUCGCGCUGGCGCUCUUCCUGUGCAACCUGUUCGAGAACGUGUCGGCGUCGGAGUGGCUGCUGUACAUCAGCGAGUGGGACCACAACGGCCAGCCACUGUCCAACAUCCGCGCCACCACCAAGGUGGCGGUCCACAGCUGCCUGAGCAGCGAGCCCGAGCUGCGCGACGUGGGCACGGCGCUCAUGUACAACAUCGCCACCAAGGAGGUAAAGACCGUGGUGUUCGACGAGGUGUGCGUGGAGCUGGCGAUGGCGCUGCUGCAGCUGCUGGCGUGGGCGCCGCCCGAGGAGCUGCUGUGGCGGGCCACGCGCGCGCUCGCGCGCUUCGCCGCGCACUCGCACGACGUGCCGCAGCUCGUCGCCAUGGUGGGGCCCGACCCCGCCGCCUUCAGGGGCACCAGCCCGCGCGUCGACGAGCAGAUAGACCUCAUCAUGAAGAGGAUCAAGUAGGCCGAGUGACCUGAGUGCAUCCUCGGUGCUGGCGUGGUUUGCUACUCUUCUUGUCAAUGUUUUAAUUUGUACUUCCGCGUACUAGUCGGUGCUCAAGGGAUGUAGAUUUGUAUAGACGCGCCGCUCCGGCCGCUCGAUUGUAAAUAAUACGAUUACCUGUUAGUACUAAUGAUAUAAUAAUUAAGGCGACUUAGUGUAAGUAGCUUAUAAUGAGCUUAAUCUGUAUAAAUUAUUUACAAUGAGACACACAGAUGAUAUUAUUUAUAUAAAAGUGGUGCAUGCUAACACGUGGCGGCCCCCGUGCAUUUACACAUAAUGUAUGCUUAUAUAUAUAAUAAAUGUUUGGUAUACUGGGCA